GGCGGCGCUAUCUCCAUGGCAACCCGCGCGCAGCCCGCGCCGUUCCGCCGGGCGGGAAGCGCGGGAGCUGAGGCGCUGGCGACAGGCGGGGCUGCGAGCGCCGGGGGGCCGGGGCGGCCGGGGCCGCUGCAGGACGAGACCCUGGGCGUGGCGUCUGUGCCCUCUCAGUGGAGGGGCGUCCAGGGCAUCCGCCGGGAGACGAUGGUUGACACUGGAAUGUCCUGGAAACUCCUGAAAAAUAUGGAUGUCUGGCUCCUAGCUGUUCUGGCUAAAUUGAAAAGUUGCCAGACGGCAAGCAUUGCCACUGCUGAAGCGUCUGUCCAGACCCGGAAGCAUGCGGAUGCUGAGGUGCAGACCGAGGUCCCUGCACCGGUCAGCGCUCGGACUGUGGCCCAGCACGACAGCCCCAGGCUUGCAGCCUUUCUUCGGAGGGUGGAGGCCAUGGUUAUUCGAGAGCUGAAUAAGAACUGGCAGAGCCACGCUUUUGACGGCUUCGAGGUGAACUGGACAGAGAAGCAGCCAACGGUCAUGUGUCUGCACACCCUGGGCUACCCCGCAGCCCAGGGGCAGGGUCUGCAUGUGACCAGUGUCUCCUGGAACACCACCGGCUCCGUGGUGGCCUGUGCCUAUGGCCGGUUGGACGACGGGGACUGGAGCACACUGAAGUCCUUCGUGUGUGCCUGGAACCUGGACAGGCGAGGCCUGAACCCCCAGCAGCCGUCAGCGGUGGUGGAGGUGCCCAGCGCCGUCAUGUGCCUGGCCUUCCACCCCACGCAGCCGUCCCAUGUCGCAGGCGGGUUGUACAGUGGUGAGGUGCUGGUGUGGGACGUGAGCCAUCCCGAGGACCCGCUGCUGUGGCGCACGGGCCUGACGGACGACACGCACACCGACCCUGUGUACCAGGUGGUUUGGCUACCUGAGCCCCGGCACAGCCACCGCUUCCAGGUGCUGAGUGUGGCCACGGACGGGAAAGUGCUGCUCUGGCAGGGGGGCGGGGCGGGCCAGCUGCAGCUCACGGAGGGCUUCGCCCUGGUCGUGCAGCAGCUUCCGAGGAACACCAAGCUAAAGAAGCCUCCCCGGGGGGAGACCGAGGUGGGUGCUACGGCGGUGGCUUUCUCCGGCUUUGACCCCAGCCUCUUUGUUCUGGGCACGGAAGGUGGCUUCCCGCUCAAGUGUUCCCUGGCAGCAGAAGAGGCCGCUCUCACGCGGAUGCCUAGCUCUGUGCCCUUGCGGGCCCCGGCACGGUUCACCUUCUCUCCCCAUGGUGGUCCCAUCUACUCUGUGAGCUGUUCCCCCUUCCACAGGAAUCUCUUCCUGAGUGCGGGGACCGACGGCCACAUCCACCUGUACUCCAUGUUGCAGGCCCAGCCCCUGGCCUCCCUGCAGCUGUCCCACAAGUACCUGUUUGCCGUGCGCUGGUCCCCAGUGCGCCCCUUGGUGUUUGCGGCUGCUUCCGGGGAAGGUGAUGUGCAGCUGUUUGAUCUACAGAAAAGCUCCCAAAAACCCACAGUUUCAAUCAAGCAAACCCAGGAUGAUAGCCCGGUCUACUGUCUUGAGUUUAAUCGCCAACAGACUCAGCUCCUGGCUGCCGGUGACGCCAAGGGCACUGUAAAGGUGUGGCAGCUGAGCACCGAGUUCACUGAACAAGGACCCCGGGAGACAGAGGACCUGGAGCAGCUGGCAGCAGAGGUGGCCACCUGAGGACAACCGGGGUGGGGGUGGGGGGUUGGGGGCAGGAGCAAGCUGCACCUGAGCUGAGCUCUGGAGUUCCGACAGAGGCCGAAUGAAGACAACACGAGCUUC